AUGGUGCGCCUGGCGGCGGAGCUGCUGCUGCUGCUGGGGCUGCUGCUGCUCACGCUGCACAUCACGGUGCUGCGCGGUUCGGGAGCCGCCGACGGGCCGGACGCGGCCGCGGGCAACGCCAGCCGGACCCAGCUGCAGAAUAACCUCCACAUGGAAAGUGACUCUGCAUCAGAAACGAGCUUUCCCUUCUCCAAAGAAGCAGCCGGGGAACAUCUGGACCACCAGGCUGCACACCAACCCUUCCCCAGACAGCGAUUCCGGCAAGAGCCUGGGCACCCUUCACUGCAAAGAGAUGGCCCCAGAUCCUUUCUCCUUGAUCUCCCAAACUUUCCAGAUCUUUCCAAAGCUGACAUCAAUGGGCAGAAUCCAAAUAUCCAGGUCACCAUAGAGGUGGUGGACGGUCCUGACUCUGAAGCAGAUAAAGAUCAGCAUCCAGAGAAUAAGCCCAGCUGGUCAGUCCCAUCCCCCGACUGGAGGGCCUGGUGGCAGAGGUCCUUGUCCUUGACGAGGGCCAACAGCGGGGACCAAGACUAUAAGUACGAGAGUACCUCAGAUGACAGCAACUUCCUCAACCCCCCCAGGGGGUGGGACCAUCCAGCCCCAGGCCACCGGACUUUUGAAACCAAAGAGCAGCCAGAAUAUGAUUCCACAGAUGGCGAGGGCGACUGGAGUCUCUGGUCUGUCUGCAGUGUCACCUGUGGGAACGGCAACCAGAAACGGACCAGGUCUUGUGGCUACGCAUGUACCGCGACAGAAUCUAGGACAUGUGACCGUCCAAACUGCCCAGGAAUUGAAGACACCUUCAGGACAGCCGCCACCGAAGUGAGUCUGCUGGCGGGAAGCGAGGAGUUUAAUGCUACCAAACUGUUUGAAGUCGAUACCGACAGCUGCGAGCGUUGGAUGGGCUGCAAAAGUGAGUUCUUAAAGAAGUACAUGCACAAGGUCAUCAACGACCUGCCCAGCUGCCCCUGCUCCUACCCCACCGAGGUGGCCUACAGCACGGCGGACAUCUUCGACCGCAUCAAGCGCAAGGACUUCCGCUGGAAGGACGCCAGUGGGCCCAAGGAGAAGCUGGAGAUCUACAAGCCCACGGCCCGGUACUGCAUUCGCUCCAUGCUGUCCUUGGAGAGCACCACGCUGGCCGCCCAGCACUGUUGCUAUGGCGACAAUAUGCAGCUCAUCACCAGGGGCAAAGGGGCGGGGACCCCCAACCUCAUCAGCACCGAGUUCUCAGCAGAGCUCCACUACAAGGUGGACGUCCUCCCCUGGAUUAUCUGCAAGGGCGACUGGAGCAGGUACAACGAGGCCCGGCCUCCCAACAACGGGCAGAAGUGCACUGAGAGUCCCUCAGACGAAGAUUACAUCAAGCAGUUCCAAGAGGCCAGGGAGUACUAAGGAGAUGUCCGCUCCGGUAUUUGUGACACAAACGUAGUGCGCGGAUCUGCUGCCAGGGCAGGGCGGGGCCGGUCUUAUCCGAAUCCAUAGAUAUUUGUAUACACUACGAGGGUAUGUUUCAUAAAUCACACUAGGAGUGAGCACCUGCCCCGGGUGACGGCUGUCUGAAGCCACCUUGCCAUCCGAAAUGCCCACAGAGCUCCUUGGAAUCCCUCCGAGGGGCGAUGUUGGCAGGAGGAUGGGGACAAAGGAGCCAGAAGAAGAACCUGGAAGCCAUCGUGGGUGGGAUUCAGUGCACACCCAGAUCCUGCGUUUCCUGGAGGAACAAAGAGGGAAAGACUGGGUUGUAAACGUUAUAAGCAGUUUUUAUAUAUAACUUAUUUAAUAUGAAUGUGACUUAAGCAUAACCUUUUCGCUGGAGUUGUGAAACUGUUUAAUCACUUCUGUGAGAGUUCAGACAGGGGCUCAAGGAGGUGGAAGAGAAGGGAAUUUGGGAGUAAUUUUUUCUUUUAAACUAAAUAACUCCACGGAAGUGUCUCAAAAACAAGAAAAUCCCACCUUAAACCAAAUGUUCUUUAGUCCUGAGGCAACCUGCUGGAGUCUUGGCUUCCAGAAUAUCCUUGCCUAAGAUUGGAUAGCAGGAGGAGGGCACAUGGGGAUUUUAGGGGCAAAUCUGAGGACUGGUUUUAAAUAGGCUUUAAAAUAAAAGGCCAAUGUUAACAUAAUGCUCUAAUUCUACUAAAAGGCUACAGAAUGGCAGAAGUUCUGCUCAUGCCUUAGUGGGAGGUUCAGAAGGCUGUGGGAAGGUCAGACAUAAAUAUAGGUAAUAGCACUUUUGCAGAAGAAAAAAACAAAAGCAAAAUAGAUAGGAAAAGAACAUGGACCUCAUUUCAUCUAUUUUAUUCUAAUACUGUCUUAACAAUUUUUUUUUCUCCACCAAUAUAUUGCCAGCAAAUACAUAUAAAAAGAGUAGGGGGAUUCAAAUCUAUAAAAUUUCUAAUUUUUUAUGUUUUAAGAAAGGGGGAAAAACUACAUUAUUUUUGUAAAGUAUUUAUUGAGUCAUUGAGUCUUGUGCAUCAAGCAAUUGUAAUAUGACCUGGUUAUG